AUGUGGAGAACCCGCACCUCGCUGAGAGCAGUGGUAGGAACAGGGAAGCUCCCAGAAGAACCUGCUCCCUGUAUCACAUUGUCCACGCUGAGAGGCUACUGGUCUCAUGGCUCCUGCUUGCUGAAUCUGGGUGUAGCACAAGAGGAAGACCUUCAUCUUCAUGGAGAUGACUCUGGAACUGCAUCAAUGUUGCUCAAAGCAGAAUUUGGCAUGGAAGAUGAGUUGGGCAUUUGUCCAAAAGGUGUCACCUCCAAUGUGUUCCGCUUUAACGUGUCCUCGGCAGAGAAGAACAGCACCAACUUGUUCCGGGCUGAGUUUCGGGUGCUGCGUGUGCCCAACCUGAGUUCCAAACGCAGUGAGCAGCGCAUUGAGCUCUUCCAGAUCCUUCAGCCGGAUGAGCACAUAGCAAAGCAGCGCUACCUCAGUGGCAGGAAUGUGCAGACACGGGGCUCCCCUGAGUGGCUGUCCUUCGAUGUCACCGAGACUGUGCGUGAGUGGCUUCUGCACAGAGAGUCCAACCUUGGCCUGGAAAUUAGCAUACACUGUCCUUGCCAUACUUUUCAGCCCAACGGAGACAUCUUGGAGAAUUUGCACGAGGUCUUGGAGAUCAAGUUCAAAGGCAUUGACAGUGAGGAUGACUACGGCCGUGGGGACUUGGGGCGCCUGAAGAAGCAGAAAGACUUGCAUAACCCCCACCUCAUCUUGAUGAUGUUACCCCCACAUCGGCUGGAGAGCCCAGUGUUGGGAGGCCAGAGAAAGAAACGGGCCCUGGAUACCAACUACUGUUUCCGGAACCUGGAGGAGAACUGCUGUGUGCGUCCUCUGUACAUCGACUUCCGACAGGACCUUGGCUGGAAAUGGGUCCACGAGCCUAAGGGCUACUUUGCUAACUUUUGUUCGGGCCCUUGUCCGUACCUCCGCAGCGCAGACACCACUCACAGCACGGUGCUGGGCUUAUACAACACGCUGAACCCUGAGGCAUCCGCUUCGCCCUGCUGUGUCCCCCAGGACCUGGAGCCGCUCACUAUCUUGUACUAUGUCGGGAGGACCCCCAAAGUGGAGCAGCUCUCCAACAUGGUGGUGAAAUCCUGCAAGUGCAGCUGAAAGGCACCCUGGCCCGCCCAAAGCCAAGACAGAAACUGUCAGCACCCACUCUCCUGCUCCCAGGCUAACACAAAAGGAACUGGGGGUCAGAGACUACGCAUGCUGAGGGCCGAGUGCCAAACCCUGUGGCUUAGGGUCUGGCAGCCCUUGGGGAUCUCUUCUGGAACAUUUCUUGGUCUUGUUGGCAGUGUCAUGUUCCUUCUGGGAGUUACUCUGGUGACACGAAGGCCACACUCUCCAAAAUGGCUGGACAGUUGGUGCGGAAGAGAAGGACAGGGUGGAGGAACUGCUGUGUAUUUGAAUGCUGGGUGGUUGAGCUGGGAAAGCGAGGGAAUGAGAAAGAGCAGUCCAUUUUUAGAGGGACUGAUGUGUCCAUUCAGCUCUUUUCCCUUCCUGGAGUUUCUGAGAGGUGGUUUCUGGGUCAGGGCAGGAGUAAUGUCUGUGGGUACCUGAAUAUUGGGCCCAUUAAUUCGUGAGCUGAUACACCCUGAGGACCUCUUGUCUGUUGUGGUUUGUGAGCUGAACAUGGCCCAGGCCUCACCUGCCAAGACUUAAAAAAUAGUAAUCUCAAAAACAUUGUAAAAAAAAUAAAUACUUUGGGGGGGAGAUGCUCUUU